AUGAAGGCUGUGCAACAUAGACAGAAGAAGUACUAUUAUGCCAAAUAUAUAUCUGUUGAGUUUGAUGUUGGAGAGUUUGUAUUCCUCAAGAUUAGUCCUAUGAAAGGUGUGAAGAGAUUUGGCAAAGUUGAAAAACUGAGUCCAAGGUAUGUUAGCUCUUUUGAGAUAUCAGAGAGAGUUGGCAGUGUGGCUUAUAGAUUGAUUUUGUCAUCUCACAUGAGUGGAGUACAUAAUGUAUUCCACAUCUCUUCUUUGAGGAAAUACAUUGCAGAUGAAGCUCAGAAGAUAAGUACUGAAGUAAUAGAUAUCCAACCAGAUCUGACAUUUGUAGAAGAACCUGAGAAGAUCAUAUAUUAUGAUGUUAAGCAGCUUCGUAGUAGAGAGAUUCCUUAUGUCAAAGUUAUGUGGAAGCAUGAAAUUGAGAAAGAUACUACUUGGGAGAAGGAAUCAGAGAUGAGGGAGAGCUACCCUCACCUUUUUUACUAA